AUGGCAGGUGUCAACUCUCUGGACUCCGUGAAGAGGAAGAUCCAGAGUCUGCAGCAGCAGGCGGACGACGCAGAGGAGCGGGCGCAGAGCCUCCAGAGGGAACUGGACCGAGAGCGCGACCAGCGGGAACAAGCAGAGGGUGAUGUGGCCGGUCUGAACAGAAGGAUCCAGCUUGUGGAAGAGGAGCUGGACAGAGCCCAGGAGAGACUCACCACAGCUCUGCAGAAACUGGAGGAGGCGGAGAAGGCUGCGGACGAGAGUGAGAGGGGUAUGAAGGUUAUAGAAAACAGAGCAAUGAAGGACGAGGAAAAGAUGGAAAUCCAGGAAAUGCAGCUGAAGGAGGCCAAACACAUUGCGGAGGAGGCGGACCGUAAAUACGAAGAGGUGGCUCGUAAGCUGGUGAUCCUCGAGGGAGAGCUCGAGAGGGCUGAGGAAAGGGCAGAGCUGUCAGAAUGUAAAGCUAGUGACCUUGAGGAGGAGCUAAAAAAUGUGACCAACAAUCUCAAGUCCUUAGAAGCACAGGCUGAGAAGUACUCAGAAAAAGAAGACAAAUAUGAAGAAGAAAUUAAAGUUUUGACUGACAAGUUGAAGGAGGCGGAGACUCGUGCAGAGUUUGCAGAGAGAAGUGUGGCCAAAUUAGAAAAGUCCAUUGAUGACCUUGAAGAUAAACUGUCAAAAGCCAAACAGGAGAACCUGGCCAUGCGCCAACUCCUGGACCAGACCGUGGAUGAACUGAACAACCUCUAA